GUUUCGCUUGGAGUUUUGUCGAAAAACAAACGUCUUUCCAUCAUACGGACUCGUAGAAAACGAAACUGGAAGGCGAUCCUCGGAGACCGUUGAAAUGACUGCCCCGCCGACGAUUGUGUCCUUUCCUCACUCAAUAGUGUGACUUUUUAUUGCAGGACUCUUUAAUAUCAAUGCUUGGAGGGCUUGGGGGUGAAUAUUAUGGAUUUACGUGAAGCGUUCGUUGCUGAGCAUGUACGAAAAGUAGCAGGGAAGGGGUUGACGACGUACCCUUUUAUGGAAAAGUUUGAUAAUGGGGCUGUUGCGAUUAUUGAUGUCUCUGGAUACUCGACGCUGGCCUCAUUUCUACAAGACCGCUAUGGUGCCGAUAGUGGCGCUAGGAUUCAAAGUUUAUUGAAUCCCCAUUUUUCUGGAAUUAUUGAUGCAGUACAUAGACAUGCUGGCAGUGUGGUCAAGUUUGCGGGAGAUAGUUUGGUUGCGGUGUGGACCGCUCCGACAGCCGACAAGGCAAACUCUAAAAUCCUGACCGUUGAUCCUGAUAACCAUCCUGUCGAACUCCAUCCUACCGAGGACGGUAUGAACUACCCAGCCCAUACCGCGGAUUCAUUUGGAGAUAUUGCGUCCGCGUUUCUCUGCUGUUUGGAACUUUUAUUAAUGGUGGAUGUGUUGGAGCGAGAUGUUGAAGGAGGUGCCACAUCUCCCGAGCAGCAGAUCUUGCAAGGAGUGACAAUGCAUAUAGGAUUGGGCUGCGGGGUUACGAACCACGUACACGUUGGGAAGCCGGGAGCUACUUGCGAGUACUUUGUAACUGGAACAGCGGCACGCCAAGCAUCUGUGAUGCUCGACGUAGCUCGAAAGAACGAGCUUGCCAUUUCCAAAGAUUGCUGGAAUGCGAUACAACGCGAAUUUCAAACGUCUUGCCCGUUAGCCGCUACUCGUAUGCUGGAGCAAUUGGUCAAUCCCAUUAUUCGUGACGAGUCAGUUAUCAUUCGCUCGGAUAUCUUCGCGGACAACUAUGUGCGUCAUUCCCUGACAUGGCUUUUGAGUCUUUUCACGGGAAUCCUUCCUUCCUCACCAAGCGAGCUCAACCUCUUCCGCGGAGCUGAUGGACGACGGUACGAAGAGUAUAUCAACGCCAGUAUUGUGCAUCACCUGUCCGGCGAUUCUGUACGGAUCAUUUCGGAAAGCAACGAACUUCGGAAAUGUGCCAUUGCCUUCGUGCGGUUAUCUGGAGAUCUGGCAGCCAAAACAUCUGGGAACGACGUCGAAGGACUGCGCAUAGCGCAGGAUGUCAUGGAGAUCGUUACCGAGACGCUUGAUAUAUUCAACGGCUGUUUGAGACAGUUCAACGUUGAUGACAAAGGGCCGACAUUGCUACUGGUGUGGGGAGUGGAAAGAUUUGCACAUGAAAAGGGCGAGGCGCCAUUUGCACUGCACGCAGCAUUAAGAAUCAAGCGAAAGCUGGCAAGAAGAUUUGGAGGCGGAUUCUCCAUUGGAGUGUCUCAAGGAGUCAUCUUCUCGGGCGUGAUAGGGUCUCUGAACAGAAGCGAUCACACUAUCCUUGGUGUUGCUGUGAACGAAGCUGCAAGGCUAAUGUGUCACCCCCUUGCUGAGAAUGGGAUCCUUGCCACAGAAGAUAUAUACAGAGACUGCAAGGAUCAGUUUGUCUUUGAAGGGGAAUCUCAUGUCAUUGGUAUCAAAGGUUCCCUUAACCCUAAACGUGUCCAUUUCCCUAUUCGUGCGAUAAGAACCCGUCCUAGGAAACCUACGCAGCGACAUAGUGUGUGCGAACCAGCAUCUCCAGGACAGCUGAUCGGCCGAAAGCACGAGAAGAACAUUAUACGUGAGACCGUUAGUGAUUGGGCGCAAGGUGCCGGCCCUACCCUUGUCAUUCAUGGUACAACGGGGACGGGCAAGACAGUUUUGGGAGAUUACCUGAUCGAGGAGGCGGAAAAAGUGCCUAAUAGCAUUGUCUGUUUGGGUCGCUCCAAUGAGACGCUAAAAUAUGUUCCAUUUUACGCGGUUAGCGUCAUGCUCACGACGUUAUUUGCUGAGUUGGAUCUCGAAGAGUUGGCAAAGCGCGCUCGCGAAUACCGACGGAAGACAGUGAAACAACGUGAAUGUGUAUGUUAUUCUCGACAGGCGACUGGUACUCCUGGAGGACUCUGCCCACAUCAUCAGACCGAUGUCAACACAGAGCGCUUAGCUAGAUAUCGUAGUCUUGACACUUUAGGAGCAAUCAGUUCAGGCACGGAGCUCCUUACCGCUCCUGAAAAUCAGGCAGACCACGUCGACACUCGUCCACCCCCCGGAUCACGGAGGAAGUCUUUUAACUCACCUGGAGGCGUCAGGAAUGGCAGUGCUCUAUGGAUUCCACCGGUGUGGGGGGAGACUGACAAGCAGGCAAUGAUGGAACGGGGUGAAGACGAGGAUGAUGAAAUGCUUAAUCCCCAAACAUCUCUUCCUCCUGGGUUUGCCUUACGACGUGGCAGCGUAGCGCCAGAACCCGAGAUGCUCACCUGGUUUGGAGGUCUGGGGGAUGAAAAGGUUGUGUGCGGACCAGAAUGCGAUCAUUCUCCUGAUAAGAAUGCUGCAGAUGUUCUCUGCGAAGAUAAAUGUGUACAUAAGCCUAUGACGAAAAACUGGGUCAUUAAGAUGAUGCAGAGCUUAUCGACAAAGGUGGAAAAAGUCAUGCAAUUGCUUGGAGAGGAUCCAAAAUCGUUACCACUGCUGAACGACUUGAUACCUGUCCAGUACCACGCGACGCCCUUUACCGCUAACCUACACGGCAAUGAUCGGAAAAUGCAAAUCACGAACCUCAUAGUUUCAGUAAUGAACAAACUGACUCUGAACAUGGAGAUACCACUUUGCCUGGUAUUGGACGAUGCUCAAUGGACGGAUUCGAUAGGAUGCCACCUCAUAGGAGAUAUUUCGAGACGAUGCCCAAAAGUUUUUGUUGCUAUUUUGACGCGCCCAGUGACCGAGUAUACGUGCACUGUUCUCGCGCGCGCUAUGGAGCGCGUACAGACAGGCGGCGUCCAGGGAGUUGAUGUGGAUAACGAUGGGCACAAAAGUGGAAGGGUACCGGCUUUUGUGGUUGAAUCGGGUGAGACGGCCGUGCCUGCCACGGUCAUCGAACUAGGUGGAUUGAAUGUAAAGCAGACGGGCAAGCUAUUACUGCAGAUUGUGAAGGGGAAAUUCCAGGCAGAAAUGAUUGAAACAAGGCUCGUCGAGGAAAUCUACCGACGAACGUCGGGAAAUCCGGUCAUGAUAGAGAUGUUGGGACACAGCAUGCUCGACCGGCUGGAUUUGACGGUGCAAGAUAACGUUUUGCGAGUAGCGAACUGCAAGGCUAUUGCAAGCAUUGGGGAGCUGCUACCUGUUGAUGCUCAAUCAGCAGUAAUCGCACAGCUUGAUCGAACCUCUUCGACUAUGCGUCAUGUGCUCUUGGUUGCAUCAGUUGCGGGACAAUAUUUCCAUUUGCACACUUUAGCAGAAAUGCUAAUCCGUAACCCGGUGAAAGAGCUAACCGACUUUGGACUGGAAACGAAAGAAGGUAGACAACGUCUUCUCAAGUUUCUGCAAGCGAAUGAUGUGUUCCAUUUCCUGGAGUACACGUGGAAGGCCCAGCCUGAUACUGAUAGCGAGGAAUCCGAAAGAUCCAUGAAAGAACAAUGCAUGCAGAUAUCCUUUCACCAUUACGUAGUGCAUCAGAGUAUUUACGGCACCCUAGUCCCCGAACGCCGAGCCCAACUGCAUGCGAACUACGCAGAGUAUUAUGCGGGGGUCCUGCAGAACUGCGAUCUUACCGAAGGUGGCGAACGUGAUGGAGUCGUCGCUGCUUGCAUUCUUCAUCUGGACCAUUGCCCUAGCCAUGUCAGUCCGACCCUCCAGAUAACGAUUGCCGAGCAAGCAUUCAGGAUGUACGCGACUCGAGCGAUUAAUUCUGAAGCGUUCAAAGCGUAUGAGCGGUUGGCCCGACUCAUAGAAACGCAUCCAGAUGCCGCCUCCGAAGUCCUCGAUCCCGUUCAGAGAGUCAGCGUUUAUCGCUGGAUGUGCGAGCUCAGCUCGGCGGAAGUUGACUACCCAAAUGCUUGGAAUCAUUUUUCCCGUGCACUGAAAGAAUUGGGCUUUGUACUCCCGAAGGCUAAGAGCAUUGGAUGGAUUGAAACUGUAGCGAGACAAAUCUACACUUUCUACUCUUUACAACGAGUGGAAUCAUCGGGGGGUAAGAGGAGCAAAUUAGCCCUCAAAGCAUUAGGGACUAUUUUCCCCCGCUAUGCACAGGAGCCGGACCUCCUCUACCGCAUUGCUGAUGAGUGCCUGGAACUCUUCGACGUCACAAUGCAUGUCACGGUUCACCUCAACGACAUCCUCUCCUUUGCGCUCGUUCUCUUUCUCAUGAUCAACAUUGCGGAAUGCCUCCGGGAUGUAGCACCCACGAAGCUUAGUGUCGCGUAUGGCAAACUAGGAAUGACUCUCCAGACAAUCGGAUUCCCCGAUCUUGCUCAGUCAUAUAUUGAAAAGGCGGAGACUUUGGUGAAGCGAAACUGGUCGUCAGUAUCUGGCAGAGAGAAGGCCAGGCUUCUCGGUCGAAUCGCAAUUAUGGCGUAUGCUCGUGCAGACUGGGCGCAAACGGAAAAGGAUGUGGAAAUAGUUUUGGGCAUCUUGCGCAGGGACGGGGCUGAGGCAUCUAGGGAGGCCAUCGACAUGUACAACGUCCAACUGGGCGUGCUUUCCAUACAUGGGAAUCUGACCAAGUUUCUAGAAGUCGCAGAACAGUACUACCGGGUGGCUGUCGACGUGGAUGUUGAGUCGCCUCAUACGCAGCGUACUUCGAUGUGCAUAGCAUAUGCAUACUGGUCGCUCGGACGCCCUUUGGAAGAUGUGUCGCGCUGGUAUGAACUUUCCCGGGCCCAAUUGCUCCGCAUCGAAGCCGCCCGCCGAACAGGUGCGACGAUUGGGUUCGGUCUGGAUUUCACCCUUAUCAAUGCGGGAUAUUUUCUACGCUUGCUGAUCGGACGCCUUCAUCUUGUCUUGUGGGGCGAUGGCGGAUGGGAGAACGGGAGAGAUAUUGCGGACAAUGGAGCAAAGUUAAGAAAUAAAAUCUUAACGAUGGCCGAAGAGCUGAUUAGUAUCAUGGAAAAGUUGGAAUCCGGCAUGUAUUACCUUGCGGCGAUGAAUUGGCUGUUUGUGGGCGUACUUGUCGAUUGGGCCUGUCUAAUCACGGAGGGUUUAAAGAAAGGCGACAAGACGCUGGAACGUGAUCGGCACCUCUGCCGCAAACUGGUGAACUGUAUCAUUCGCCUUGUAUCCCAGUCUGUUCGGUCCCUGCCACAAAGUCGAUUUUCCCUCCAUUAUUGCCGUGGUGCACUGCGCCUAUUAUCGAACGACCCGCAGGGAGCUGUCUCGGCAUGGGAAAGGCACAUCGCCGAUAUCAAAUCUAACCCACGCGCGACCGAGUUCCAGCGAGCAGUCCUUGCUGCCCGCAUUGUGCGCGUUCGCCAUGUAUUUGAAUUGGACAACACCGAAAGAAAACCCAAGUUAAACAUUUGGAGAAAGCUGAAGAAAAAGGUUAAGAAAACAAUUGCGCAAAUCUGCCCACUCCAGCGACGGAAGAGGAAGAACCAGGCGUGCCCGCUCGCUGACCUGGGAGAAGAAACAGAGGAUUACGCAGCAUCCGCACGACGUACAUUCAAGAGUUUGGGAAAUGUUUGGGAGCGCACUCUCUUGGAUCGCUAUGGCGGAGCUGGCAAGGAUUGAUAAGGAAGUUUUGGUAUUUCACAAGUUUUUAUAUUACAUAGGUUGGACCUCGUGCUGUUCUUAAAUGUAUAUAUCUAUAUUAGAUUUUAAUAGUUCGUGUAUCAAUAAUUCAUUAAUUAAAAUAUUUUUCAUGGUUAUAUUGACGAACAAC